GUGCAGUGUUAUUCCGCAGCAUUGCCAGGGCCGACACACCUUUAUGCUACGCAGUGGGCAUGUGUUAGCAUGCUUUUUUUCUUUUUUUGCCCCAGGCGUCAUUUUACUAGCUGGCUGCCUGUCUCGCGUCUUAGCCAUUAUCGUGAUCCAGUUGGUGAUCCAAUUGGGCGCUCAGUAAGUGCGCACACCAAGCCGUGGCUACGAGACGCGGUUACGACCAAAAGUUGUGGCAAAUAGAACAAAGUCGAUGACGACUCAGGUGGGAAUCUCUGACAGGUGAUAAUGGAACUAGGUGCAAAAUCAAAUCAAGCAGGGAUUUUCCGAGAUGCAGAUAACCUCUGUGCGUCGACCUCCUGUCGCAGAAGAGGCAAACACCGAGAAAGGGGCACGCUCGCACCUAGCGCACCAAUCUCGUGCUGACAGACAAUGGAAAUACCCAGUUAUUAAUAGGGCAAUCUCCCAGAAAUAAAGCCUUGCCCGUUUUCGCUUCAUUGGCCCCAAUACAAUCGGUGGAGCCUGUCGUCGUCAUAAUGCCUGGGAUCACCCACAGCCUUACUCAAAGGAGCGGCAUCUUGGCUGAUACAGGAGUACGUGUGUCCGCUCCAUACCAAGGGGGUUUAUUCGUGCUCCAAACCGCUAUGCGAGUAAGUGCUCCAGCAUGGCCAAAAUGGCCAGACGCUGCUGUUCUGCUUUCUUCCAUUAGCCUGAGUGUGGUUCGCUUGUCCGUCGGUGCAUCUUUUAUAUAUUCGAGAUGUUAGCCAAGGCCAUCUCACUAUGGCGGCCAGCCUUUAAUUCAAAGUGCACCAUUCGCCAGCAGUACUGCCGUCGAUGUCUUGUCGCCAUCACUGCCAUUAUACUAGUGUGCCUGUUUACAUGGAACAGUUUUGCUGAAGUCCCUCUAUACCGCAUCUCGCUAGACAGCAACCCAGGCUUUACGUCAUGGGAAGACGAGCAUCACCAUCAACACUCCGUCUCCAUAAACCACACCCUCCCGAAAAUACACCUCCUCCUCCCAGGCAACAAGGCCAACUACAAAAUCUGCAGAACCCUCACCAGCGCCAUUGUCAACGACUACCCGCCGCCCGUCAUCAUCAACUGGCAGCAAAAUGAGGGCGACGACUCCAUGAACGGUUACGACAUGACGACGGGUAAGAACUGGGGCGUGUUGCAGUACAUGCGAUCUCUGCCCGCCUCUGCCUCCGACGACCUCAUCAUCAUGGCCGACGCCCACGACGUAGUCUUCCAGCUUCCCCCCUCGGUGCUUGUCCACCGCUACAACGUGUUCCGCAGCCAGACCAUGGCCCGCCUCAUCAGACAGCACGGCGCCGAGCAAGUAUCCCAACUCGGCCUCGACCUCAGCAUCGUCAUGGGCGCCGAGAAGUUCUGCUGGCCCUUCGACCACAGACACCCAGCGUGCUACGCGGUCCCGACAUCGCCUCUCCCACACAACGCAUACGGCCCCCGCACUGACACGAGCACGCACACAAACCGCCCGCGAUGGCUCUGCUCCGGCACCAUCAUCGGCCCCGUCAAGGACAUGCUGAAGCUCUACGAGCGCGCACACGCGAUGUGGACGGCGUACGAAACGGGCGGCGGCGACCAAGACUACUUUAGCAAUAUAUAUGGCCGCCAGGAGCUCUCGCGGCAGUACCAGCGCGGAAGCAAGGAGUGGGUGUUUGGCUUUGGCGAGCAGUUCCGCGAAAGCAGCCUGAUCGUCCCGCACAUCGAGACGACGCAUACCGACUAUAAGCUCGGCGUGGACCUGACGAGCACCAUGUUCCAGUCGCUCAACGCAGCCUUGGGCGAUAUGUCGCUGGUGGUGCAUAGCAAUACGGUGGACCUUGCGAAGAAGGAUAAGAAGCAUAAGACGAACCGCAUCUUUGGCAAUGAGUUCCCGUUUCCGCGGGACAUGCUUGAUUUGCCGAUCCCGUAUGGCGCAGGGGAGAGCUCGUGGCGCGAUUUGCAGCUGUUUACAAAUUUUCAUGCGAGGAGUAUCCCUGCAGUGCUGCAUUAUAAUGGCGACAAGUCCAAGAUGGACGAGUGGUGGAAGCGGCAGUGGUGGACGGGCCACGGCAAGCAGAUGCUGAGAGCGCGUGGUCUGGAUAACGGCCUCUGGAUGCAGACGGAUAGAUAUGUAGACGGGGAGGCGGAGAAGAUUCGCUGGGACGACAUGUGCGGCGACUUUGAGGAUAAAGUGUUUGUCAAGCCUGUGCGUGAUCUUGCCUAGGAGUGAUGACAGGCACAAGUAGGAGUUUUCUUUUUUUUGGCGUUGCAUUGUUGCCUUAUUCCCUCUGAAUUGUAUUGUUAAUAUAGCAUAGCAUAGCGUUGCAGCAUCGACAAUUUAUAAUACCAGCAUCUGUUCUUUUUCUUCAUCCAUCAUACUGCCAUCUUUACAACCGUUUUGAUGAUG